AUGGCAAAGAUGAUGACUCAAUUAGAGAUUUUAACGAAACGUGUGAUGGGUGCACCUGUAAAAGUAGUGAAUGCCAUGGAAUCAAAAUCCUAUAAAGAUGAUGAGGACGAUAAAAAUCUAGAUGAGGAGAUUCGUCCAAAGGGUGGCCAUUCUAGUGACACUAUUGCAAUCUCAAAGAAUAAUGCUCAAGUAUUAGAAAUAGUCACUAGGAGUGUGAAAACCCAUGGUGAUCACUUGAAAGAAGAUUUGGGUGAAAAGGUGCUUAAGAUUAAGACAAAAGAUGUGCCUCCACAAUCUCAUGACAAAGAAGAAAAUGAAAAGGAAUCAAUGAAAGUUGAUGAUGAGGUGGUUAAAGGUGAGAAGCCACAAAAGGAUAUGAUGCCAACGAUCCAUGUCCCUCCCCCAUUUCCUCAAAGACUUCAUAGAAAAGAGGAGGGUGACAAACUUAAGAAAUUUAUGGACAAGCUUAGCAAUCUUUUAAUCAAUAACCCAUUGCUUAAAGUAAUUCAAGGGAUCCUGGGUUAUGCUAAUCUCAUGAAAAAUUUGAUGUCAAAGAAGAAGAUCAUUGAAGCUUACACAAUUGAAGUCACCCAUGGUUAUAGUUCUAUCAUGUGUUGCAGAAUUAUGGAAAAGAAGGAAGACCCUGGAGCUUUUACCAUCCUUUCCAUCAUCGGAACACAUAUGUUUGUGAAAACUCUAUGCGAUCUCGGUGUGAGUAUAAACCUCAUGACUUUUUUCAUUUAUAAGAAUCUGGGAUUGGACACCCCACCCCUAAUAUCUAUGAGACUUUUCAUGGAGGAUCGGUCUAUCAAGAGGCCGAUCGGGAUUUUAUUUGAUAUUUCAUUCAAAGUAAACAAAUUCAUACUUUCGACAGACUUUGUGGUUUUAGAUUGUGGAAUGGACCAAGAGGUGCCCAUCAUUCUUAGCCAACCUUUUCUAGCCAUCAGAAGAGCUAUUGUUGACUUAGAAUUAGGGGAUAUGAGGUUUAGAGUGCAUGAGCGUGAGGUCUCUUUCGAGUAUACAAAACAAGAAAACAACCUGCGUCACUUCAAGUGA